AUGGAUAAGUGGAACGUAGAAAUAGGUAAGAGGAAGGUCAAAAUGGUUAAGAGGAAGGUAGAAACGGAUAAGAGGAAAGUAGAAAUAAGUAAAAGGAAAGUAGAAAUAGAAUCGCUUCUUCAUGAACUGCUUGAUGACGACAGACCAUCAUUGUCCUCAGACAGUGAAGCUGGAAGUGACAUCGAACUGGAGAAUCCUUCACCAAACGACAUACAGGAUUCAACCAGCGAAGAGGAGCUAAGUGACCGAGAAGCUUCAGCUAACAACCAAAAUUCCAAACUGAAACGUCGUCAAUUCAUUGAGAAUUUGGCUAUGAAAUUAAUUGAACCCCACAUAAGAGAACGACAGAUGCACUUGCACCUGCCGUGGUCAAUGAGACAAAGACUGUCUGAAAUUUUGAAGAUAGAUGAGGUACCUGGAGCGGCUGGUCCAUCACGAAAUGGCCGUUGCUUUGUAUGUGGAUGGAAAAAAUAG